UCUAUUUUCCUUUCUUUGCUGGAACCCUGUAAACGUCCAUCCAUUCUCUACGAAAUCAAUUCCACAAGGUAAAUUAGUAUGAAUUAUACGUUAAGUGUAACUUUAAUCUCUUGAUAUAGUUGAUAUUUGAGGCAGUUGUAGGGGAUGGUUUCCUUGGAGAUAUCGCCCUUGAUGACGUAAAUCUGUCAACGAUUGCUUGUGAUCACUCCCCAGACUACGCAAAAAGUUACUCUCAAGCUUCAACUUUGGAAAAGUCGGCGAUCAUUGGUCACCUUUCCAGCUUCAAGUCUUCACUGUUGGGAAAACUUCGCACAGCUCAUGGCAAGAAUAACUCCUGGGUGCCUUGCUACCGCGCACUUCUCGAUGGCAGAGACAUCGAAAGUUUUUACUCCAAUUGCGGCGAAGAAAAAGAAACGGUUACAAUAGUGCGUGUAAACAACUACAUCUUUGGUGGAUACACUGAUGUUGGCUGGAGCGAGGUUCGAGAGAAAGGGGUCGCUGUUAGCAAAAGUGCGUUUCUAUUCGGCUUCAAGAACAACGAUCCCGAAGGUAUCGAAAUAUUUCCUCUUAGAAACGACAAAAGACACCAAGCACAACGCGUGAAGCCACAUGAAGGACCAACAUUUGGUGAUGGUGAUCUUUCAUUGAAGACGAUGUCAGUUGGCUCUAGUCAAACUGGAAAUUCAUUUGAAAACUGGCAUGGCUUGUCUCUGUUUGCAGACGCAGAUGACUUCAACAUUUCUGACAUUGAAGUAUUAUAUCCUAAAGACAGUUUGUGCAAAGAGCCAUGCAACCAUUAUGAGGGACACUGUGAUGAAAUUACUACCAGGUGUGUUUGUGAUUGGACAGAGCGCAAUGUGGAAUGGUGUUUGGAAGGUGAUCCAAAAAAGAUAAUCAAUCUUUACGACGAUGCCGCGUCCUACUGGCCUCUGGACUCAGUCGAAGAUCUAAAGGACCGAGCAAGACUGGGUUGGGGACAGGCGCACGGUGCGGUGAGUCUGGUUGCUAAGGGCCUUAGUGGCCAGGCCAUACAGUUAGACGGUGCGAGUGGGUGGGUCGACCUCGGAGAUCUGGGCACUCUUUAUCAGGUGCAGAUGUGUACGGAGGAUUUUAGUAUUUCUAUGUGGAUGAAGUAUUAUUCCAAGGGGAAUGGUGAAGAUCAGACCUUUUUACACUUCGAUAACGGGCUUACAGUGGCAGAAUUAUUUUACGAAGCAACUUCAAAGCUAGUCGGAGUCUCUCUUUCCACAAGCUCUUUGAAGUUUUGUUACAGAUUUCCAGUUGCAAAGGGAUUUUGGACACAUCUUGGUUUCUCUUGGAAGAAUGACAGCAAAUCUCUUAUCAUCCAAAAGAAUGGGGAAACUUUACGAGACAUCCAUUGGCAAAUGUGUCAUUCAUGCAGUACUCCAUUCGCAAAUCUUUGGUCGCUCACGCUUGGUGCUGGAUGUUUUCCCAAUGCCUCGUUUGACGAGAUUGCAGUUUGGACAAUUUCUCUUGGAAAAAACAGAUUUUCGGAAAUUUACAACACGUAUCGAG